AUGAUAGACAAUGUCAUGCCGUUUGAACAUGCGGACCUAAAUUUGGCAAAAAAUAGGCAAAAUAGUAAAAAUGCUUUCAACUCGUCGUCAUGCCUCGAGAAGCCAUAUCGCUGCCCACAUCCAAAAAUCAAUUUUUUCCUCUACACUCGUCGAACCCAAGAGCUGGGCGAGCAAAUUGACGUCCUUGAUCCCGAAAUGCUGUAUCACACGCACUUCAAUCCGCAGCAUCCAACGAAAAUUGUCAUUCACGGUUUCGGGGGCGGUCGAGAUUUAUCUCCGAGUCCCGACAUCAGAAAAGCGUAUUUCACGUUGGGGAAUUACAACAUCUUUAUUGUGGAUUAUUCGAGUGCCGUCAAAGAGCCUUGUUUGAGUCAAAUGGAAUGGUCUCCACGAUUUGGGGCGAUGUGUGUGGCACAACUCGUCAAAUACAUCGCAAACCAUCCGAGAGGCGUCCCGCCUGAUUAUAUGCACUUUAUUGGGUACAGCGUUGGUGCCCAUAUUGCUGGACUGGUAGCGAACUACAUAAAACCUGAAGAGGGAAAGAUUGGAAGAAUUACUGGAUUGGAUCCGACAAUUUUUUAUUACAACACGAACAAUAAAAGUCGCGAUUUGGAUCCCAGUGACGCGCAUUUUGUUGACGUUCUUCAUACCAACGCGGGCAUCUUAGGCCAUUGGAGCACGAGUGGGCAUGCAGAUUUUUACAUCAACGGCGGCACAAGUCAACCUGGAUGUGGAUCUCUAUCAAUUUUCCAAACUCUCGCUUGUGAUCACACAAAAGUCACGCCAUACUUCAUCGAAUCCAUCAACAGCAAAGAAGGCUUCUGGGCGGGUCCGUGUCCAACGUUAUUUUCCUACCUCCUUGGAUGGUGCGAGCCAAAGGACUCGGAUUAUGUGCUCAUGGGUGAACAUAUUUCAUGGAACGCACGAGGAGUUUAUUACGUAACAACGAACGCCAAACCUCCCUUCGCACGCGGAUUUCCCGGAAAAAGCAAGAGUAAAAGUCGGAAUGGCGAUCAACGAGCACUUUCUUACGAGUAUGACGGCGUUCGACGAUGA